UCUCUCAUCAUAGAUACACGAAAUCGAAUGCCUCUCAAACUUGCUGAUCACAAAUUGGUGCACGAACUCGAAUGUCUCUCAAAUCUGCAGAUCACAACCAAAAUUCAAAUCUAGACAUAAGAAAUCCAUGUUAAACCGCUCGACCAACUUACCUUACUCACUUGCUACUUGGUCUGUUCUCCUUCACAUAAUCCCAGAUUAACCCUUUUUUUUAUUUUUUAUUUUAAUUUUGCUCUGCCACACAUACAAUUUGAAUUCUUUGUUUUCAUCUCCAACAAUGCAAAACCCUAAAUUUUAACCCCAAUUUUUCUCCAAUAAAAACCUUGGCUUUCCUCUAAUGGACAGUAAUGGCUUCACUCUUCACUCUCCAACACUCUCCCUCGCUUUCCUUCUCCCCAAGAACCCACCUUUACUCGCCGAAACGGUGCCGUUUCCGAGCUCAAAUUUCAGUCAACGGCGGAGCUAAGACCGGCGCCGCCGUCGUUUGGCUGAAGCACGACCUCCGAAUCGACGAUCAUCCAGCUCUUCUCGCCGCCGCUAAUCACUCCGGAGCUAUUCCUCUCUAUGUCUUCGACCACCGUAUUCUCUCCCGUUUUGGGGACGAAAUGCUGGAAAUGGUUGCGGUUGCUUUAGAAGAUUUGAGAAACUCGUUGAGAGAUAAAGGUACGAACUUGAUGGUGAGGUUUGGGAAUGCAGAGAAUGUGAUACAAGAGAUUGUAGAAAAGGUUCGGGUUGUGAGCACUGUGUAUGCUGAGGAGGAGGUAGAGUAUGGUUUAAGGGAGAUGGUUGGUGUUGUCAAGGACAGAUUGGGAACAAUGCCUUCUGCCCCUGACUUUGUGCUGUGGCGGACGCCGUUUUAUGAUGUGAAGAGCUUGAAGGGCAUUCCUGAUUCCUACAAUGACUUUACUAAACUUCGAUUGCCAAUAACCAUGCCGCUUCCGCCAGCUACAUUUUCCGGUAGUGCAAUGGAGUUGGACUGGGGUCCUAUGCCCACAUUUGAUGAUUUGAAGGAGUUUGUAAACGCAAAUCCAUGCAAAAUGCAAGAGAGGUGGACUUCAAUCAAGGUCCAGUCAAAGAGUCGUGAUGAAGUGUUUUCCACCACAAAAGGAAAUUCUAUGGGGGGUCAGACGAGCACGGUAUUGAAUUCUUUGGGUGCAUACUUGAGAUACUUGGAUGGAGAAUCACGGGAUGACUUCUGGCAGAAGGUGCAUGAAAGGAUGCCCUAUGCUGAAAGCCGGGAUGGAGCUUCAUUUAAUACUCUCUUUGGUACAGCCCUUUCUCUUGGCAUCCUAUCCAGAAGGAGAGUAUAUUUUGAAGCUAUUAAGCAUGACAAAGAACGAAACUGUGGAUUUCUAUCUCCUUUUGGUUCAGGAGCAACAAUUUCUGCUGCUGUUGAUUCAGUGUGCUCAAUGGAGUGGUAUUGGCUUCUGGCUCUCAAAAGUCAGAUAAGUAAUGAUAGAAGAUAUCAUAUUCGUAUCUGGAGAUGGAAAGGCUAUCUAAUUCAGUAUACUGUUGUUGGUCAUGAAGGUCCUGCUAUUCUGCUUGUGCAUGGUUUUGGAGCCUUUUUGGAGCAUUACCGUGAUAACCUAGGUCGCAUCGCUGAAAGUGGAAACCGAGUUUGGGCCAUUACAAUUUUAGGAUUUGGGAAAUCAGAGAAGCCAAAUAUUGUGUACACUGAACUCCUGUGGUCUGAAAUGCUUAGAGAUUUCAUUCUUGAAGUUGUGGGUGAACCAGUGCAUCUUGUUGGGAACUCAAUUGGUGGUUAUAUUAUUGCAAUUGUUGCUCGUCUUUGGCCUGCUCUGGCCAAAUCUGUUGUUCUGAUUAACAGUGGGGGUGAGGUUAUUCCAUACUCCUCCCCGCCAUUCACUAAAGAAAGAAAAACAUCAGGGGCUUCAUGGCUGGGUGCUCGAUUUCUUUUGUUCUACCUAAGGUUUCAACUCAAGGACAUAGUGCAGAAUUGCUAUCCAAAUAAAACAGAGCGAGUGGACAAUUGGCUUAUAAAUGAAAUGCUAAGAGCAUCAUAUGAUCCUGGGGUGGCAGUGGUCCUAGAAAGCGUUUUUAGCUUCAAUCUCUCACUUCCUCUUAAUUAUCUUUUGAAAGGAUUCAAGGAAAAGGUUCUCAUUAUCCAGGGAAUGAGAGAUCCAAUAUCCAACUCCAAAUCAAAAGUGGCUAUGAUUAAAGAGCAUUCCGAUGGGUUCUUAAUCAAGGAAUUGGAUGCUGGUCAUUGUCCUCACGACGAACUGCCUGAGGAAGUAAAUUCAAUUAUCUGUGAAUGGAUAGUAACCCUGACUAGUAAACGCCCUGUUGUGAGCUUUAGGUAGGAAUUUCUUGUAAGUUAGAGUUUGUGCUCUCACAUGUGGCUGCAAAUUUUCCUAUACUCUCGGUGUAAAUUAUUCGUUUGUUAGUUCUCCCUCUAACAAAAAAUACAUUUCUUAUUAAAAAUCUGUCGCAUAUUUUUAUUUUCAUGUCA